UAUCAACUUCCAAUGUCUGCACUUUUGAUACGUUGUUAACCUUAACCUUUUGGCGAAUAAUAUAAAGGUGGGCCGCAGUUUGAGUUCAAUUAUUGUACUUGUUGGGUGUAUCGAAUAUAGAAGACGAUAAAUAGCUCCGAAAAUGAAUCGCACACUUAUUGUGGCACUUUUCUGCGUAAUACUUGCCCUCCAGACCAUGGGUCACAAAAGCGUGGACGAGUACCAUGAAGACUCCAAACAUUACGAUUCAUAUGAACAAGACCACGGCCAUGGGCAUCAUCACGAUCACGAAGAUGGUUACGAACAUGGCCACGAACAUGGUCAUGAACAUGGUCACGAACAUGAUCAUGAUCAUGAACAUGGACACCAUCAUGGACACGGUGAAGAUUCGUAUGGUUACGGCGAAUAUGAGAAUGGCGGGCACGGUCACCAUCAUUACGAUGACAAGGACCAUUAUAAAAAGUGAUAGAUCGCACGACUGUCGUUUGUAUUAUUUUAGUGUGUGGUUAACGUGUUUGUCAAUUGCUUUUAAUAUGUACAUAAAUGUCUUAUCAAAAUAAAUCAUUAUAUGCAGUAAAA